CACCUCACAUCAAAUUAAAGUGGGGGCUCUGAUGGAACUCGUUUCCUAAUUAAAUUCGAUUUAACAGAAAUUUCAGUCAUACACUUAAUUUAUUCUCUGCAACUUUCGAUGCCGCGUGGAAAAAUAAAUUUGUCCCUGAAAACGUGUACAGAGUAUUCUACAGUACAUCAGCAAUGACCGCUGCCGCGGACUUUACUUUUUAAAUAGCCGGAACGACAAAUUUGUCUGUAAAAUAAAAUACCGCCAGAUUUUUUUUUUUCAGCCGAAAAAUCUGCGUUUAAGAAUGGAGUCCGAACCUUCGGAUGCGAAAAACGAGUUGAAGGCAUUAAUAGACAAUGUGGACGAGCCUUUGAAGAAAACCUUCGAGAACAUGCAUCAUGGUUACCCACAGGAAACAUUAGAGAGAUUUUUGAAGGCACGUGAAGGAAAUGUUCAUAAAACACUCAAAAUGUUGCUUGAUUGCCUGACUUGGAGAGUUGAAAAUGAGAUUGACAAUAUAUUGGCGAAACCAAUUGAACCAAUUGAAGUCUAUAUUGCUGUUCGGGAAUCACAACUCAUUGGGAUGACAGGGUAUUCUAAAAAAGGACUUCCUGUCUUUGCUCUUGGUUUGGGGCUGAGCACAUUUGAUAAAGCAUCUGUUGAUAAGUAUGUGCAGUCCCAUAUACAGAUAAAUGAAUAUCGAGAUUGCGUUGUGUUGCCAGAAGCAACAAAGAAACAUGGGAGUUAUAUUGGUACUUGCUUGAAAGUUUUGGACAUGACAGGCCUGAAGCUCUCUGCAUUAAGCCGCAUUAAGAUUUUGACUACAAUAGCUACCAUUGAUGAUCUGAACUAUCCAGAAAAGACAGACACAUAUUAUAUUGUUAAUGCUCCAUAUGUUUUCUCUGCCUGCUGGAAGGUUGUCAAGCCCUUGUUGCAAGAAAGGACAAGGAGAAAAAUACAAGUUUUAGAAGGUAGUGGCAGAGAGGAGCUUCUAAAGGUGAUGGACUAUGAAGCUCUUCCUUCAUUCUCAAAGUGUGAUAGCUCAGGUUCCUCAAAAUACAGUAACGGUGAGAUAAUAGAUUGUUUUUCACUGAGACACCCUUUUCAUUCAGAACUUUAUAAUUAUAUUAAGCAGCAAGCAACAAAUAGAAAACCUACCAAGCCUAUCAAAAUUGGUUCUUUCCAUGUACAAGUGCCAGAGGAUCCUGAAGGAACUAUAAUAGCCCAAACCCUAGAAUCUGAAUUACAUAAAUUAGAGGGUGAAGAGAAAGUUGUGAAUGCAGUACACAGUCUAAAAAUAAAUGAUGGAAUGCAGUCAAGAUUAGAAAAUGGUGAUACAAAAUAAAUCUGAUAUAUAAUACAAUGCCAUAUUGGAGAAAUGUUCUGAUGAUCUCUCAUCUGGGCAGAACAAGGCUACCAAGCCAUUUGCAGCAUUCUGUAGAAACGAUGAAUCUUUCUGUAGCUCAAGAAUGCCUUCUAAGGCUGGUAUUUUGUCUUGACAGCCUUGAUCUUGUCAAAUAUAUGAGAAAUCCAUGGGAAUUUAUGGAAAUAGAUGUGAUUCUAUUUCCUCUUUCAAUGCAGAAACAGAAAUAAAGCUCUAUUUAAAUGGAAAUGAAGAACAAUCAGUACUUUGCAACCA